AUGGCUUCCUUGCCACGUAAGUCGGCCACUCGCGCAGGGGAUGGGGGUUUGCUGACGAGCAAAACCAAAACCCGCAGGAACAAAAUGUACAGAGCACGAUUUAAACGAUGGGGCCUCGGGAAACGUAAGAGAUCGGACAGCGUUUUGGCUAACAGGCCAAGGAAGCCGAAGCUGAAGCAACCCUUGCCGAUGCCGAUGCCGAUGCGGCCCGUAGCAGGAGACGCCAGUCAGCAUGCCCAACCCGAACCCGAACCCGAACUUCAGGAAGAUGAUGUCGAGGAGAUUAUUCCAUCGCACCAUCAUGAACAGCAUGCUGUCCCUUAUGUACAGCGACGGAGAGGUUUAUUGCUAGUAAACGGCAAAUGGAUCGAUUUGUCGCUCAUGACGGACGACGAACGACGGUACCUCCUCCGACAACAUAAAUCCCGAAAGCAAACCGCCAGCUCCCCCCCAUCCACCUCCACCGCCUUGUCCCUCUCCCGAUCACCCUCCCCUCGAAACCUCCAGGCACCCGACACCCUCCAGUCAACCGAGAACAUGUACCGCGCCGUGAGGGAUUACUUCACGGCAUCCUUCACCUCCAACCGCUGGUCCUUCCUCGAAGACACCACCUCCCCAGACCAAGCCCGCAACGACAAAGCCGUGAUGGCAACCCACACCGGCGUCCGCCGCGGCUUCGAGAUCUGGCGCCGGCUAAUGACCGCCGUCCGUCUGUUCCACGACACCUCCCACCCCGACAACCGCGCCCAGUCAAUAAAAGUAAUCCGCAUCACCUUCGCCGAGCUCACCUCCACCCUCUCCAGCGGUCGAGAAUCCCCCCUCCUCUUCUUCUGGGUAAUGCACGCUCUCACCCUCUUCCGCUCCAUACCCGACCCAAGCUUCCAACGGCUGGAAACCUACCUCCUCAAACACCUCUUCGAACUGACCGAAACCGUCCGCCUCCAAAACGGCGCCAUCCCCCACCCCACUGCCCAGCUCUGGAAAGUCCUCUACUCCAACGGGAAAUCCCUCCUGUUUUCGCCCCCCUCCUCACCAUCACCAGACAACGAUGACAAGUCCCCCCUAAUCAACCACACCCACCUCUCCUCCCUCAUCUCCCUCGCCGUCUCCCUUUUUUCCUCCCACUACUCCCCCCUCCACAAAAGAACAAUAGAACUGUCCAACCUCUCCAUCUUCACCUCCCUCCCCCCCCACCAUCCCUCCUCCUCCACCCUCCUCACCCCCAAAUUCCACUCCCUUUUUACUCGGGUAACCUCCUCCCUCCCUGACGUGUUCGACGGCAGGGAAAUGGACGUCCGCGCCUGGCUGGCAUCCCAUUACUUCACCCUAGGCGAUCUAACCUCCGCCUCCUCCCUCCUCGAGCCCAUCCUCCUCGAUCCGAUAAAACUAAAAGAGGUCAACAAAGUCCAGGAGGCCUCCGAGUCGUUCAAUCUCUUGUACGGCUCCAUAAAGAUGGCCAUGGGGGAUGUACGAGCCGCCGAGGGGAUCCUCCGACAGGUGAUAAAACGUGGCCGCAUAAGCUGGAAAGAGCACGGGGAGGACGUCCACCUUUCUGAUGGGCUCCUCGCGCUUGAUCAAUGCCUCAGGGUGCAGGGACGGACAAAGGAGGCGGAUGAGGUGAUAAAGGAGCAUAGGCAACUGCUGAGGGAAGCGUUGAUGAGGCGGGGGGAGGAGGAUACUUGA